UCAGGGUGAACUGAAGUCUUGGGUCCUGACUUCUUCUCCCGGUCCCGUCCACUCCACACAGUAGCCUACGCAGCAGAAGAGGAUAUGGAGCAGUGAUGUACCGGGAGACCAGGAGAAUAAUAACACUUCUUUUUAAAAACGGAAUAAAUGCCAGUAUUUAAGUGACAGUUACAGGGUUCCUCUUGCAAGUUUAAAAUACUUCAAACGCAGAUGCUAGCAUGCAGGAAAUGCCAGACUAAUUCUCAGAGUAGUUCAAUCACCCCUCACGCCUCUAGAGAGUUCUGUCUUCAGUUGAAUAUUGCGCGUCUGACGGGAAAGGCCGAAGAAUACCAGCUCCAGCCGCCGUGGAAACUGAUUAUUCCAAGAUGCUCCGGCAAAUGCAAUAUUUGAAAUUAGCGACAGCACUCGUGUUGAUACCGUGUGUGUUGUCAUUUAACGUGGAUGACAAGAAUGGGGAGACUUUCAAUGGUCCGCUGGAGGACAUGUUUGGAUACUCAGUCCAGCAGUUUGAGAACAGUGAGGGGAAGUGGGUGCUGAUUGGUUCUCCCCUGGCCGGCCAGCCAGCCAAACGGACUGGAGAUGUCUACAAAUGCCGUGUGGGUCAAGGACCAAACCCUAGAUGUAUCAAACUGGAGCUGCCUGAAAACACAACAAUUCCUAAUUUACACGAAGUCAAGGAAAACAUGACCAUGGGAACGACGUUGGUUACCAACCCUCAAGGAGGCUUUCUGGCUUGUGGUCCACAGUACGGCUACAUGUGUGGUCAGCAGACAUACAUCUCUGGGGUCUGUACCAACGUCAGCUCAACCUUCCAGGUGCUCAACUCCAUCGCCCCGGCUGUGCAAGAGUGUGCCAAAGAGCUUGACAUUGUCAUGGUUCUUGACGGCUCCAACAGUAUCUGGCCCUGGACCAGCAUCAUUGAUUUCCUGGUCAAGUUUCUGAAGAAUAUCGAAAUUGGAGCUAAACUGUCCCAGGUGGGCAUUGUGUCGUAUGGAGAGAAAGUCACUCACAAUGUCAACCUCAGCCAGUUUGAUACCACUCAAUCCCUCCUGGCCAAAGUGGCGAAACUUCCCCAGCAAACAGGUUUCAAGACUAUGACCGCCCUGGGAAUUGACACGGCAAGGAAAGAGGCCUUCACUGUGGAGCGAGGGGCGCGGCCGGGGGUCAAGAAGGUCAUGAUAAUUGUGACGGACGGAGAGUCACAUGACUUUUAUAACCUCGACAAGGUCAUCAAAGAAUGUGAGGAGGACGAUAUCGAGAGGUUCGGUAUCGCUGUGCUUGGUGAUUACAACAGGAACAACAGAAGCAUCAAGGAGGUGAAGAAAUUCAUUGAGGAGAUCCAGUCGAUCUCCAGCGAUCCUGUGGGAGAUCACUUCUUCAACGUGUCGGAUGAGUUUGCCUUGCUGAACAUCGUAGACGCCCUGGGCAGCAGGAUCUUUGCCUUGGAGGCAACGUCAGGUAACUACACCUCGUCUUUUGAGAUGGAGAUGUCCCAGGCUGGAUUUAGUGCCCACACCUCUAAAGAGGGUGUGAUGCUGGGUGCUGUGGGGGCGUAUGAGUGGAACGGGACAGUAGUGAUGCAUACCAACCAGGGUACCGUGGUUCCUCUAAACGCAGACUUUCAAGACCCCCUGGAUGAAAGGAAGGAGAGCCUGGCGGAGUACGUGGGUUAUGCCGUACAGUCAGCAUCAACCCCUAAUGGUGAAUUAUACAUCACAGGAGCACCACGGUACAACCACACAGGCAGAGUCAUCGUCUACAAACUGGAUGGGGAAAUCAUCACAGUCACACAAGUACUGAAAGGAGAGCAGAUUGGCUCCUACUUUGGCAGCGUGCUCCAGACGGUGGAUGUUGACCAGGACUCCUACACAGACAUCCUGCUGGUGGGAGCUCCUAUGUUCAUGGGCCCAGAGAGGGAGGAACAGGGACAGGUGUACGUCUACAAACUCAAUGAGAAGGGCCUAUUUGAGCACCAGACCACGCUGAAGCCAGACAACCAGACGUGUUGUACCUCGGCCCACUCCAACGGUUGCACCAUCGUCAAUACCAACGGCCCGUGUGGCGCCCGCUUCGGCACCGCCAUCGCAGAGGUCAGUGACCUAGACCUGGACGGGAACCGGGACGUGGCUAUCGGGGCGCCACUGGAGAACGACCACAAAGGGGCAGUCUACGUCUACCAUGGAGCCAAGAAGACCAUCAAGGAAAAAUAUGUGCAGCGUAUCCCAGGCCCUGGAGACGGGGUGAAGACUAAGUUCUUUGGCCAGUCGAUCCACGGAGUCAUGGAUCUGAACGGAGACGGAAUUAUAGACAUUACCAUCGGAGGGCUGGGAGGGGCUUCUCUGUUCUGGUCCAAGGAUGUUGCUGAGCUUUAUGCCAACAUGACCUUUGACCCAAACAAGAUCAACCUACAGCAGCCCUCUGAAGACUGUGUGCUGGGUGAGAGAGCCACCGUGUGUGUGAAGACCAGGGUCUGCUUUAGCUACAGUGUCAAGUCUGAGAAGGACCACACUAACUUGGGCACAGCCAUUAAGUACAACCUGACUCUGGACUCUCUGAGGGCAAAGUCGAGGGCAGCGUUUGUCAACCCUGACGAGAAGAGUGAGAGGAAGGUCCAGGUCACCGCCAACAUCAUAGAUGCUCUGUGUCUGGAACAUUCCUUUGCCAUGAAGGCUAAUCUGGACUUCAGAGACCCCAUCAUGGUCUCCCUCGAGUUUGGUCUGGCUGAGGACACAGGCCCCGUCCUGGAUGGAGACUUACCAACGUCACUCAACAAAACGAUUCCUUUGGUGGACUGUGGGAGCGAUGACAAGUGCAUAGCUGACCUAUCCCUGAAGGCUGUGCCAAGUAUACAAAGUCUUGUGAUCAAAGCCAACAAGGAAAAGUUCCAUGUGCUCAUUACCAUUAGAAACAGUCAAGACAAUGCCUACAAUACCAAAGUCAUGCUCAGCUUUACUGAAAACAUAAACUACGUCAAAGUCAAGGCCAAUGACAAAGUCUGCAGUCUGAAUAAUACCAAAGUUGAGUGUGCUGUGGGAUAUCCAUUCCUCAAAAGCAAUGUAGAGGAGGUGUUUGAGAUCCUGUUUGAAGUCAACCCUGCACACGUCUGGAAAGAGAUUCAGAUCAACGUAACUGCAACCAGUGACAGUGAGGAAUUGAAGACCACCCUCCAUGACAACUCUGUGAGAAUCUCCAUCCCUGUGAAGUACGAGGCUGGACUCAGAUUCACUGCUGACAGGCAUAUGAAGGAGGACCACAUCAUAGUGAAAGAGGGAGAGCAGUACCCCAGCAUCUUCAACCACACCAGUGUGAUAGGAGAAGAGGUCAAGAUCAUCUAUACGGUUAAAAAGGAUGUGAAUAUGGAGACUCCUCCUCUAAAGCUGAGGGUGAUGUACCCGUACCUAUCACCUAGAGAGAACAUCCUGCUAUACCUGACACAUGUCACCUCCUCACAGGAUGUGAGAUGUCACAUCAGGGACCUGAUUAACCCUUUAAAGAUCAACAACAACAACACGCACACCAUCAAUCCUAAAAAAGAGACCCUCAGUGUCUUCCUGGUGGGCUGUAAGGACCACCCGUGUAAGUCAUUUAUCUGCUCCAUCCCUCACGUCAACAACAGCCAGGUCAAUGUUACCUUCAGGGUGUGGAAGCCCACCUUUAUCAAAGCAGAGUUCUCCAGCCUUCACAUGAUUGUUAAUGCCACUCUGGAGAACCUGAACACUGAUCUCUUCGUGUUGAGUGCCACCAAUUACGCCAGAGAUGUGAAGGUCCAGGUCUCUAAAGAGGCUUUGGGAGGUAUACCACUGUGGAUCAUUAUAGUCAGUAUCCUCAUAGGACUGCUGAUUCUGGCACUGGUCAUCUUCGCUCUAUGGAAGGCUGGAUUUUUCAAGAGAAAAUCCAUAGAGGACAUGGAGAACGAGGACAUGAAGAAUUAAUCCUUCCACCACCAUACAGAUCUGUCUGUGCCCCACUGUCUUCAGGUCUGUCUUCAGGUCUGUCUUCAGGUCUGUCUUCAGGUCUGUCUUCAGGUCUGUCUUCAGGUCUGUCUUCAGGUCUGUCUUCAGGUCUGUCUUCAGGUCUGUCUUCAGGUCUGUCUUCAGGUCUGUCUUCAGGUCUGUCUUCAGGUCUGUCUUCAGGUCUGUCUUCAGGUCUGUCUUCAGGUCAGUUAGAAGAGAUACCAUAGGAAAUACCCCAUCAACCAAUUCACCUGAACACCAUCAGGUUAGAAGAAAAGCCCUAUUCAACAACCAUUCACCUGAAUGUGAUGUGGCCCAUCUACCAGCCUUAAAACCCUGGUCUGGUUCAGUGGAUACAGAGGCCUGGGGAAACAUUGAACUUGUACAGUACACUUUGUUCUUCCAUCUAUUCAUUGUGGGUACCAAGACCUGGACCUAACAGACCUAAGCUAGAAGGGAAAUCAGAAGACCGUAAGGAUAAUGGCACCCUGACCCAGACCUGAUCAUAUGCAGCCACACCAGCUUUAUAGAACAGGACAAAACGUUCUCAGGUUCACUUACAGCGUCAACAUCCCAAAGACACUAAAAACACCUCAGAUUACAGUAUGGCAUUACACCAAAGUUGUCCAAAUGUCCAAGGCACUCUGCAAUGGAUUAGAAUUCUGUGUUAUAGUUUUUGACAUUUUUUACUAAUAUACUGUAAAUCUAUACCAUGUACUGUAUUUCUUUUUGUUUGGUAUAUUUUGAUAUGUGUUAUUACCUAUAUUUUGACACAUUCAUCGUCUUCUAAGCAUAAUGUUUGCUUUUUGGAACACUGAUAUUUUCACAUGAGUGUUUUUCUAGUCUUACAAGCCAAAUCUGUAAAUUAGAUUUUUUUUUUAACAAAAGUGUUCCCUUGAAUAUUGAAGGGGUCUAUGCAAAUAUACCCUCUCCAAAUAUAUAUUCAGUAUAAAAGAAGAGUAGGAAUUUGCUAUUGACUUAAAUACAACACUAGUCUAGUUUUUGUUUAAUUUUGCUCCCACAUGGGGGCAGAGAAUUUACAGAUUGCUCCUUUACAGUAUUAGGAAAACCUUUGAUUGUCCUGUAAAUGUAAUGUAAAGCUUGUACAUAAAGUUAUGUUUGAAAUAAUUCCUAUAAUUUAAGAUCAAGUUAAGUCCAGCAUGUAUCACCAAGGCCCUAUAUAUCAGUAAUAGAGAUAAAAUAAGUAAUUUGCUCCUACAUUUCUCAGGUAUUACUUAUGAUAGUAUGUUGAUCGUAUGGUGAUAGUAUGGUGAUAGUAAGUGGAUAAUUUGAUGAUAGAAUGAUGAUAGUAUGGCGAUAGUAUGAAAUAGAUAAAACAAACAAAUGUAGUAUUUUUAAAUGAAAUACUAUUUUAAAAAUAUGUAAAUAUUGGUAAAAAUGUAAAUGUUUGAUAAAUGUGUAUUGGAACUCGAUGCAUUUUGCAUCCAUUCGCUAAGAUGUUAUUUUUUUUGAUGAUUUCUCUGAGGAAGCCUACAGUCACAUAGAGCAAUCCAAAAAGGAUCUCAGCGGAGUGUAACUUGAUUCCUGAUGUUCAAACCUGUCAGUACCACAAAACAAAGACAUGUUUGUCUCAGAGAAGGUCAAACUCUGGAAACUAGGCCAUUGAACAUUACACACAGGGGGUGAUUUGGUCUGAUGCAUAUGAACACCAGGUUAUGCCUAAAGCCCUGUAGUCUCUGGUAUGGCCGGAGCGGUAGCGACUGUCGUGAUUGUGAGUAGAAAUGUUUGAUUCAUGCAUCGUUUCCUCUUUCUCUCCGCCUACAUUCCUCUGCAUAUUUACAUAUUUUGCACAGGCAGUCCGGUGUAACCCCUGACUUUUUAUUGUAUAUAAGAGACACUCAUCAGCUCACCCAUUACUGUUGAAAGCACACGUAAUAAAUGAAUAAAUAUCUGUAGAAUGUGUAAGAUAACCUUAACACGGGGAUCCUCCAUACUGUCCCCUUCUGGAGAGCUUAUUUGUCACAGCUCAGCACUGAUAGAGUCAGCUGAUCAAGGCUUUGAAGAUUUAAUUACUGAUUAGUUCAAUUCAAAUCAAAUCAAAUCAAAUCAAAUUUUAUUUGUCACAUACACAUGGUUAGCAGAUGUUAAUGCGAGUGUAGCGAAAUGCUUGGAACCCAGAACCAAAUCUUGUGUGCUGACCAGCUACGCAACUUGACAUGUAUUAUAAUUUAUAUUCAUGUGUUAAAAGUCUGUCACAGGAUGUUGUUUGCUGUAUCAGGUGUGAUGGCACAUGUGGGACAAAACCUACUGUACUUUGACUCUCCAGGAGCAGGUUUGAGGAUGAGAGAGAGCGAGAGACCGGAGAGGGUGACUGGAGAGAGAGAGGGUUAGGGACUGCUUCAGACUGAUGUACUCCAGUCAUACACACUGCUGUGAACUGUUAGUUUAAUACACUGGUUUGUCAUACUGUAUGUACUCUGAUCAGCACAGAUUUGAAAGCAUUGCACAAGCUGUCAAGGAUCUUAUGCCAAAAAAUAAAUAAAUACAAAUGGUUUUAAAUUAA